AUUUAUAAACUAUUGGUUCUGUUUCUUUUCGACUGCGUGGAAGGAAAGAUUUGUCUGGUGUGGUGUUAAAAACAAUAAUAAUAAAAAGUGUUUUUGAAGUAUUGGAAUUACAGUUGAAGAGUUAUUAUUUUUCAAAACAGCAAAUGUAAUAAUAACAAAAAAGGUAGCCAGAUUAUAAAAAGCUAAAAACGUUUUUAUUUGAAUUAAUUAAUGUAUAAAAAAAAUAGUUAAUGUAACGGUAAUUUUAUUAAAAUAUGUACUUGAAUUAAUAAUAAAAAUUACCCUAUAAUUUAUUGCUGUUUAUUUGUCGAAAUUUGGCAACGUUUUUAAGAGUGCAAAUUUAAUAAAACGAAAUAAAUAUUGUUCCCAAAAACAAUAACAACAACAAAAACAAAAAAAAAAAAAUAAUAAAAUACAAAAAAGAAGCACAAACAAACUAAACGGUUCCUUCCCCCUGUCUUAAUUCACCAUUCAAAAAGUGUGUGUGUGUGUUAUUUAUUUUGCGUAGAAAAAACAAUAAAAACAAAAACAAAUUUUGUGUGUUUUUUUACUUUACUCAUUUAACGUGCGUGUUGUUGUUAUUAUUAUUUUUUUUUUUUGAAGUUUAAAGCAAAAGAAAGUAUGCGAAUUAAGAAUUUCAAUAUAACGAAACACAUGAAUAACUUGUUGAAUUUAUUGAAAAAUUAAACAAAUUAAAAAAAGUUAAAUAAAAGUAAAAGAAUAUUUAAGAAAAUAAUAAUAAUGAAAUAAAUUUAAAAGUGUUAACAUAAAAACCUAAAAGCUAAUGAAAAAAGUUUACAAAUAAUAGAAAAAACGCUUCGUUUUUAACCUCAAAAAUAAUAAUUAAAUUAAAGUGAAUUUGCCAAAAAGAGGAUUAAUGCAGAAAAAGUUUAAACUUAUUAGAUAAAGAGCUCUUGUUAAUAGUUAAAAUAAAAAAUAAAUAAACAACCGUUUUAUUACAAAAACAUUUAAAUAAACACAAUCAUGGACCUUUUAUGUACCGAAAAUAUAAUGCAUGAAUAUGAAACGGAAAUAUUACAGCAACACCAACACUUACCGCAUAAAUCCCCAUUAAUAAUAACAGCCAAUGAAGAACAUCUCUCACAAGAUCAAGAGACACAAACAGCAGCACUUCUUAGAGAUAAUAGCAAUAAAAAUGAUAAUAAUACUACCACAACUACAAUAACAACUACCUCACCACCAUCACUGUACUCGAGCAGCUCCUCGUUGUUAUCCUCAGCGACGAGUUGCUCAUCGACAAAUUCUUCCGGUUACAAUUCCAGCAGUAGCUCGAGCAGCAACUCCAGUUUAAGUAGCAGCAAUAAUCCCUUAACAUCCUCCACCAGCUCAACCAUCUCCUCCACCUCUUCCUCCAGUAGCAGCAGCAUUUUGUCUAAUAACAAUUAUUGUCUUUCUUCGAAAUUACAAUGUGAUGAGGAUAGCAAUGAAUUUGUUGAUAAUUUAUGCAGCACCAACAAUGCCUCUACAUCAGCGAACAAUAAUCAACAAGAGCAGCAACAACAAAACACUGUUUAUGCCAAUAAUCUCAUUAAUCGUUCUUUAGAUUAUGUUAAUACGGCUACAGAGGAUCCCACCUUUUUAACAGAUCGUUGUUUGGAAAAUGCUCUUAAGGCGGAGGAGAAGAGACCACAACCCAUAUGCACCUAUUUUAAGACAGUACAAAUGGAUAUUACACCUCCCAUGCGUAAAAUCGUCGCUGAAUGGAUGAUGGAGGUCUGUGCUGAAGAAAAAUGCCAAGAAGAGGUUGUACUCUUGGCCCUCAAUUAUAUGGAUCGCUUUUUGUCCACGAGAACGGUGCGUAAAACCCAUUUACAAAUUUUAGCCGCUGCCUGUCUCCUGCUUGCCUCCAAAUUACGUGAACCCAGUUGUCGUGCCUUAUCCGCUGAACUAUUGGUGUUUUACACCGACAAUAGCAUUCAUAAAGCCGAUUUAAUCGUAAGUACUCCAAUAUUAAACAAUAUUUUUUUUUUAUUUAACACAAAAUAUUACUCUUGUUUGUAUUACACAUUUAAUAUCUAGGUAAAUAUUGAAUAC